GUUUAGUAUUGUUGUUUCAUAAGAUAUGCAUUUGUUUACACUGACUGCCGACUAGUUAGUAUUUCCUUAAUUAAAUUACUUUGUUGAUGUCUAUUGUACACAUAAUAAAAUGUUUGUACUAGAUUUUGGAUACUGUUCGUAGUAUAUGCAUAAAGUUUACUUCCGUUCAAGUCAAGAUGGCUGAUCCUUUGAGCCUAUUGAGACAGUACAAUGUUAACAAAAAGGAAAUUAUAGAACGAGAUAAUCAGAUUAUAUUUGGUGAAUUUUCUUGGCCAAAAAAUGUGAAGACAAAUUACUUGAUGUGGGGCUCUGGUAAAGAUGGAGCCCCAAAGGAAUAUUACACAUUAGAAUGUUUAUUAUUCCUAUUAAAAAAUGUCACUCUCACACAUCCUGUGUAUGUGCGCCAGGCUGCUGCAGAGAACAUUCCUGUGGUGCGGCGACCAGACAGGAAAGAUUUGCUGGCCUACUUGAACGGUGAAACUGCUGCUUCAGCCAGCAUUGAUAAGUCAGCUCCUCUUGAGAUUCCCACACAAGUAAAAAGGACAGCAGAUGAUGCUCUUGAAUCAGUUGCCAAGAAGCCUCGUUUUGAAGAAACACAGGUGCAAAAGGUGAAAGAACAGCUUGCAGCUAGGCUUGAUGCACCCAAGGAAGCAUCUGUAACAGUUGACAACAUCAAAUCCUUGUCAGAAGCAAUGUCUGUAGAAAAAAUUGCUGCUAUCAAAGCUAAACGUCUGGCAAAGAAGAGGACAACUAUAAAAGGAAAUGAUGAUAUAGGUUUAGGCUCAGAUCUCCGUGUCAUGUUAGAUUUUGAUGUGGAUGUGACGAAAGACAUCAUCUCUAGAGAACGGCAGUGGAGAACACGUACUACUAUUCUGCAGAGUGCUGGAAAGAUAUUUGCAAAGAACAUUUUUGCUAUUCUGCAAUCAAUUAAAGCUCGAGAGGAGGGGCGACACAGGCCUCCACAGCCUACACCUAUUGUCACCCCGCGAGCAACUCCCAUUAGAUCCAUACCACAGCCUGCUGUAUACAACAGAUAUGAUCAGGAGAGGUUCAUCCGACAAAAGGAAGAAACUGAGGGAUUCAAAAUAGACACACUGGGAACUUACCAUGGAAUGACCCUUAAGUCUGUGACUGAAGGAACACAACCAAAGAAACUACAAACUCCGUCUCAACCAAUUAUGCCCCAACCAAGACCUGUGGCUGAGGCACGAAUUGCAGUUCAACCCAGCAAGCGUAUCUCUCGGACUCCAAUAAUAAUCAUACCAGCUGCAACAACAUCCCUCAUUACAAUGUACAAUGCUAAAGAUGUCCUGCAGGAUCUGAGAUUUGUAAGUACUGAAGAGAAGAAACUUCAGGGUGCGAAACGGGAUAAUGAAAUCCUGCUUCAGCGUCGGAAAGAAGGCGCUCUCACUGUGCCAUAUCGAGUUAUUGACAACCCUCAGAAACUGACAAAUGCAGAUUGGGACCGUGUUGUUGCUGUCUUUGUGAUGGGCCCAGCGUGGCAGUUCAAGGGUUGGCCAUGGGAUGGUAAUCCUGUAGAGAUAUUUUCAAAGAUCUGUGCAUUCCAUAUCAAGUAUGAUGAGAUGAAGUUGGAUUCUAAUGUUGGUCGUUGGGCUGUACAUGUUAUUGAACUGUCACGUACCAAACGUCAUUUGGAUCGUGCCGCAUUAAUGGUCUUCUGGGAGAAACUAGAUAAGCACAUGAUCAAGAAUAAACCACACUUGCGAUUCUAAAGUGUUAAAUUUUUCUUGCUACAACAGCGAUUCUUGGAAAUAUAAAGCUAGCAGGACUGUAAGUAUUGUGUAAAUAAAUAUAAUGCCUCUUAAAUUUGAUUGUAAGUGUGACAUGAGUUUGUAAGACAUGUUACGAUGAUCCAUUUGUCUUAGCUAUUGGAAUACCGUUUCAGUUUUGCUACAUUCUUAUAUUACAUGAUAAAAUUGAAAGAAAUAUUUGGAAGAAUUCUUCCACAAUUAAAAGGGGCCUUAAUAUAGUAUAUAAGGAGCUCCCCCAUUCCAUUGCUGUUUGUUUAUUUGGCAGAAAUAGAAUGUAAGAAUCUCCUUUGUUAUAAUUUGACCAGUGUCUGUCUUAACUACCAGAGUGCUGUCAGACAUGAAAUUGAAGUGGACUAUGUAUGAAAGUUAAUAAAUACUAUAUUUGCCCAAAUGUAAAGUAAUUCCUCUUCUCAAAAAUUACUUCAUUGAAAAACUAUUUUUUCCUAAUUUUAAUGUUGAGUUGGUUACCAUGUCCCCAUCCCCCAUCACUGUUUAAUAUAGGUUUGAAAUAAUAUAUACAGUUAAGCUACCUAUACCUACUUACUCCUUGGAUAACAAUACUACUUGCACUUAAACCACUGUCGAGUACUUUGCACUACUGGUGAUGUAAAACAGUCACGGUGAAGCAUUUUGCUUUCUUUGUGAUUAUAGGAUAAUCCCUGUUUCAGAUGCUAAAUUAAAUUUGGAUAAAUGUGGUAUCUGUAUGCUGCUGUACUAAGUGAUUGUGACAAGUAAAGAAAUGAACAACAGACUGUGUUGGUUAUGUUAAUUGCUAUGUACAAAAAACAUCUAAGAAGUUAAUUUUAUGUUGUCUGUAAUGUACUUUUCUAUGUGUGUGCACUGUGCCACAUUUAUUUCAUUUAUGCCAAUGUAACACUGAAAUCUCAUUCAUAUACAUUGAAACAUAUUUUAUGGUUCACAGAGAUCUAACUUAAAGCUGCAUAAACAACAUGCCACGAAUGCUUGCAGGAGGUGUAUAUUUGUUCUGGCUUUGCCUCAGGCUGCUGUAGCUGUUUAUUUUCCACUGUUAUAAUCCUUCAGAAAAUUAUUGGUUGUAGUUACUAUCUUAUCACAAAUCAUAUAUUUGGAACACACAUCUGGUAUUAAUAGGUUUGGAAAAUAAAAUAAUGACAUAUUGCAUGCCACAUUUUCAAAAAGAGACUGUGCAACAGAGCUUGUGGCUUUAAUGUCCAUUGAUUAACACAACAGACUGGAUUAUUAUCGCUGCUAUGCCACCCUCCCUGCUAUUUUAUGCUAAAGGGGAGCAUGUCACACAAAUUGUAUAAUCAGUAGUACAGAUUAUAGUUUCUUGCUUGUGAACAGUUAUGUGCUGAGUCUUUUUCAUAUAUUUAUCAUGAAGAGAUACAUGUCAUGAAAAGAAAUGGUUUGUUGGUAAUAGCAACAUGCUGCCGUGAUCUGGCUGAAAGUUUUGUUAAUAGCACAGAAACAUUAGGCCAUCCAGUUGCAGAUGUGGUUAGAUGCCGGUGUCUUACCUCAGAAGCCAUUCAGUCCUAGGACAGUUCACAUGAGAUAUUCGGUGAUCAUAGCAGCACUGAAACAAGUUUUUCUGCAAGUAAUUUGGGUUUUUGUUACCAGUCAUCAUUCUGUCUUGCUCUUUGGCAUGCCAGCCUGUAUCACAGUCUUGGACCUCGGGGUAUUUCUCUGACCUGGCUGUUGAUUGGAUACUCAGUAAGAAGUUGAGUAUGUGCAUUAUCUCAUCUAUUAUUCUUACAAUUCUGUAAUAAAUUAAUUUAGCUCCAUAUGGAGUUUGUCUAUCAUAUGGAUUUUUAUUUUGUGUUUAAACAUGGUGUGUAUGAAUAAAAAGCCAUAUCUUGGAGCAGACAUAAACAUUAAAUGAAAUGAAUGUUUUUAAGUACUGAAUUCUUGUAUUACUAGUGCAGUUUGUUUUAUUCAAAGAAGACUACAUUGAUAGCCUGCCUGACAGAUGAGUGACUUUUAAACCUCCAAACACAUCUUGUGCAUGCAUUUGAAUGGUCUGUGUUCUUGUAGGGAAGUGUUUUUAAUUGGUUAUUUUUUUUGUAACAUAGUCAUAACAACUACAGUCAUUCUAAUGGAUCUUUUUCAUGCUUAUUUGGUAAAGGUAAAUACAAUAUUACUGUGUACUUUGUAAAGAAGUGUGAAGCAGACUGUGCAGUGUGCUGUGAUACCCUCUUGUUGUUUGUUUUGGUCAUUUAUUUUGUGCAUGUUCCAUAAUGAAUUAAUUAAUUCACAGUGUUGAAUGAACAAUGUAUUUAAGUCUUGUACAUAAAAUGUUAUCUUAAGUUUGAAAGUACUGCCAUUAUCAUUUCUCAGUUGGGAAGUGACAACUGUCUUUUUAGCGGAGGUAUGAGAAUUGUGAAUAUUCUGUCUGUAUUUGAAUGAAUUUAUGAAGUUAAUAUAUAUGAUAAUGUACAUAAAUCUUUUAAUAGUAGCAGUAAUAGUAAGGUCCUGUUUAUUCUUUUAAUCUAUGUUUUCUAUGAUAUUGCAAAAUGUUGUGAUACUUAAUUUUUCCGAACAACAGUACAGUGCAAGAACACAGGCAUCUUGCAGCUCAUUUGAAAUGUCAAAUAUAGUGUGUAUGCUGUGGUUCCAGUUCCUUGUUCUGGUUCCUUCCAUUUUACAGUCAACUUAUCAAGGAUUGAUUUGUAGAGAGAAUUAACAUAUACUCAAAUAUAUGAAUACAAUUCAUUGCUUAAAUGAGCAGAAAAUAUUAAUUCUUCCCUGUGUAGUGUUCAUGUUGACAGAUUUAUGAUAGUACCUGAGUGAACAUUGAAAUUAUGGCUUGUGGGAACUUAUUGAUGCAUUUGGUAAAAUAAAAGGAACAUAUGUACCUUAAUCAUUUUUUGACUACAUUUAAAAUGCAUAAUGUAGUCCCAAUACUAAUUUUAUGAUGAAAUACAUGUGAGAUAACAAUUUUUUUUAUUUAUUUUAAAGAUUGUGUUCUGGUGUGUGGCUAGAAUAAUCAUACAAAAUGAGGUCAUGUAUUUGUACCAGUUUAAGACAUGUUGCAUCUCAUACACAGUUAACUGAGAAAAUUGUUAUAACUGUUAACAUAAGCCCCACUUAUGUACAUUAUAUGUAUUGACAUCACUUUCAUGUACACAUAUUUGUAAAAUAUUGGUUACUGUAUUCAUUAAAUGAUAGAAGAUUGUAUAUUUGAAAAUACACUUAUUUUGAAAUAGUAUUGACUUUAGUUUCUGUUUGUAAAGAAAUGUGGUUAAGCAGUCUUUUUAUAUAUGUGUAUAUUGCUUACUUAACCAGUCAAUAAAAACUUGACCAUAUCUUUCGUA